AUGGUUUUAGCUGACGUAUCGUAUAUACAUAUCAGAGCUUCAUACGAUGAACUCAUGUUGACGAGUGCACUCGGUGAUCUGGCCAUGGAGACUGCUAUCCCUCGUGAUAAUGGUAAGAGAAGAGCCGUAGAAGUUGAACAAUGUAGCUGUCCAGAAGGAUACAUGGGAUUGUCUUGUCAGUCAUGUUCCCCUGGAUAUUCACGCACUGGUGGUGGUCUGUAUCUUGGAUUGUGUGUGAAAUGUGCCUGCAAUGGACACUCUACCGAGUGUGACCCUGACACUGGAGCUUGUGUGGGUUGUGACCACAAUACUGUUGGUGAGAGAUGUAAUGAAUGCGCAGACGGUUACUAUGGUGAUGCCACCGCUGGUACACCAGGAGAUUGUCGUAAGUGUGCCUGCCCGUUGGAUAUUCCCUCAAACCAAUUUUCUUCAACUUGUUUCUUAGAUAGCGACGGCUUACCAACUUGUCUGGCAUGUCGUCAAGGUUACACAGGCCGAGAUUGCGGACAGUGUGCUGAGGGCUAUAUUGGUGAACCUGGUUUCCCAGGUGGCCGAUGUGAAAAAGAUACAGGGGGCAGACUCCCACCCCAAGUAACUGUUAAUCCAAGCAGGAUCAGUGAUUCGGUAGGUGCUACCAUUACAUUCCAGUGUAUCGUAAGUGACGAUACUACAUUGGUGACCUGGUCUAGAGCGGAUAAUUUACCUUUACCACUGAGGGCUAGAGAAUUACAAGAUCAUAGUUUAAGGAUAAGUAGUAUUGAAGCAAGUGAUGAAGGAAAAUACGUAUGUGUUGCUGGUAACAACUUCGGUAAAAGUACAGCAGAAGGAGAACUCAGCGUAAUCAGUGAAGGUCUACCGAUCCAAGUAAUUGUAGACGAACCUACUGAAGUUCAGGUCGAGAUCGGGGACAGUGUUACUUUUAACUGUAGGGCAAUUAGUCAGGUGUCAUACAUAUUAGCUUGGACCAAAAAAGGUGAUAAUCUUCCUCCAAAUGCUGAUGAUUUUAUGGGUAGACUGACAAUUCGUAAUAUCAGACCUGAGGAUACUGGGACGUAUAUUUGUACCGGAUCCAAUCAAUAUGCUGUGGAUACUGGUGUAGCACAGCUCACAAUAGGAGUUAGUGUCAGUGAACCCACUGUCAGUAUUGACCCUUCGUAUUUGAGAGUAAAUGAAGGUGAUAAAGUAGAGUUCCGAUGCACAGCAACUGGCUUCCCCCCACCGCAGUUGGAAUGGACAGGUGGACAGGGCGGCGUAUUAAGUCUAACACAUACAUUUGUGAAUGGAUUGUUCACAAUCGAGGAAGCAACGAGAUCCGAUGAGGCUGAGUACUUCUGUAAAGCGACCAAUGAUGUGGGUACUGCGACUGUCAGAACAGUGCUUUAUGUUGAAAUUUCGGCAUCACCGAAGGUCACCAUUGAUCCCCCAACAUUGAGCGUUACAGAAGGAGACCAAGCAGUCUUUCUCUGUACGGCUACUGGAGAUCCUACACCCACUGUUGCAUGGACUAAAAUGAACAUGCCCCUGCCAUCUACAGCUAGAGAGAGAGAAAAUGGAUACCUCAUAAUAUCAGGGGCGACAGUUAAUGAGGCUGGGGAUUACAGAUGUACCGCUAGUAAUGGUAUUGAAACGGCUGAAGAUGUGGCACGCCUUUUUGUCCUCAGUCAAACGAGACGGAUUCCAAGUGUCAGCAUUGAGCCAAACCGACAGAUUGUGACUCAGGGAAGUACGGCCAUAUUACGCUGCAUCACCGAGGGCGAUCCAAAACCAAGUAUUACAUGGAGUAGAGCUGGGGGAGAACUCACUUCCAAUCAUCAGGUGUCAUACAUAUUAGCUUGGACCAAAAAAGGUGAUAAUCUUCCUCCUAAUGCUGAUGAUUUUAUGGGUAGACUGACAAUUCGUAAUAUCAGACCUGAGGAUACCGGGACGUAUAUUUGUACCGGAUCCAAUCAAUAUGCUGUGGAUACUGGUGUAGCACAGCUCACAAUAGGAG